AUGCAGAGAUCGAGCGUUAGUAUUGAGGAUAGUGCCUCAGAAGAUAUCACCUCGGAAAACUCACAGUCCGAGCAAUCGUACUGUGCGCCCAGUGAAGAGUACCAGGAGCCGAAUUUCGGCCUCAUUGAUCAAUUGAUCACACGGAGAGGCACAACCUCAACCGAUACCAUCCUUCCUGAAGCGAUUAAAAGGGACAUUGGCCAUGCACCUCUCGUAUCGGCCAGUGUUAUUGUUAAAUAUGGCAAAGACCUCGUGCCACAGUACGGCUUUCUUGGCAGCAAGGGCACGGAAGGUGAAGUCAUUAAGCUGUUCCACAACACGAAUGUGCCAUUCUCCACGUUCAUUUGCGGCGUGCAAGGGAGCGGCAAGAGUCAUACGACGGCAUGUAUGCUCGAGAAUGCUCUGAUUCCUUCUCAGCAGCUUGGUCGCCUUCAAGCUCCUGUCGCAGCUCUGGUCUUCAGCUACAGCGAGUUUAGCAGCGGUGGCUCUGGCUUCACUUUAAGCGAAGCUGCCUUCUUGGGAUCGGCUAACCAAGACACCGCGAGUCAAAAAGUGAAGAAAAUCACUGUUCUAGUGUCACCGUCCAACCCAGCAAUCAAGAAAUUCUACCGAGCGAUACCUGGCAUCAAGGUCCUAGAAUUCAAGCUCAGGGCCAAAUCGCUCGACAUAGCGACCUUGCUGACACUCAUGGGCAUGAACGAGAAAUCAGAUGUGCCUCUUUACAUGGCUAAAGUGGAAAGCAUUCUGCGUGCUAUCGCGACAGAGAACGAGGAUGGAGUCUUCGACUACUCUCUAUUCAAGCAGAAGAUUGCAAUGGAAAACUUCGAUCCCAAGCAGACCAACAUGCUCGAUAUGCGCCUGGGCCUGCUCGAAUCGUUUCUGGACAAGGACGAGAACACGCCAGAACCAACGUUCCGUCCCGGCGAAAUCACGAUCAUGGACCUUUCCGAUCCCUUCAUCACGCCCAACACGGCCUGCAUACUGUUCAAGCUUGGUUUGGAGCGCUUCACCCAGUCUCGAGCCUUGGGCAAGAUGGUCGUACUUGAUGAGGCCCACAAACGCCAUAAGGGCGUACGCGUCAUUAUCUCCACACAAGAGCCAACUUUGUCGACCGAUCUAAUUGCGCUUUGCUCAGUCACAGUUAUCCAUCGUUUCACCAGCCCUGCAUGGUACUCUGCCCUCAAAAAGCAUAUCAACGCGAUGGAGAAUGACGAGGAGAUUCUACGUCAAAUCGAGAGCCUAGAGACGGGUGAAGCUCUUGUGUAUGCUCCGAAUGCGGUGAUGGGUAAAGAGGAGGAUGGUACCUUGAUCAAACUGCCGGGUCAACUACUCAAAUUGAACAUCCGGAAGCGCAUCACGAAAGACGGUGGAGAGUCGAUUAUGGCGAUCUGA